CAAUGCUCAAUAUCACAUCUUUUAAGUUCCUUGCUAGAUUAGUCUCUCUGCUUCUUCCCUUUCACAUGCAGACAUACUCUUAAAUCCUCUCUCUAAGGCGUCCUUUUCUCUCUGCCCUUUCCGGCGAUGAACUAUGGGCUUUUUAAGCCGACUUUUUGGCGCCAAAAAGCCCAGUAACUCUCCCACGUCUAAAAAAGACAAGAGAAGACGGAGUUUCACUAGCUCCUCCAACUCCGAGCCCUCUUACUUCACCAAGCUUGAACCUUCCGUGACUUCAUUCGAUACUAAUUUGGAUGCUAACAAGCAUGCCAUAGCCGUUGCCGCCGCCACUGCGGCUGUCGCCGAGGCCGCUCUCGCGGCUGCUCACGCUGCCGCGGAGGUUGUCAGAUUGACCGCGUCUGAUGGCCGGAGCGGCGUAUCCGCCUCCUCUCAUGUUAGCCACCAACGCUGGGCCGAGGAACUCGCCGCCGUCAAAAUACAAGCCGCUUUUCGAGGUUAUCUGGCUAGGAGGGCAUUGAAGGCACUGAAAGCGUUAGUGAAGCUUCAAGCACUGGUGAGAGGUAACAUUGUGAGGAAGCAAGCAGCAGAUAUGCAUAAGCGCAUGCAAACAUUAGUAAAACUGCAGGCAAGAGCCCGUGCUAGUCGUGCAUCUCAUGUGUCAGAAUCUUUGCAUUCUAGUAGCAAGCCCUCCGUUUCUCGUAAUCCCCUACCACUGAGUCAGGACAAAAGAGAACAUCAACUUCAUGUUCAUAGUACUAAAUUUGAUGGGCCCUCAAUCCUGAAGAGAUGUGGUUCUAAUUCAAACUUGAGGGAUAUCAUCAGCCUAGAGAAAGCACGACUUGGUUCAAAUUGGUUAGAUCAUUGGAUGGAAGAAAGUUUAUUAUACAACCACAGAGUCAAUUCACUUAGAAAUGGACACGCAGAUGACGAGAAGAGUGCUAAGAUUUUGGAAGUAGAUACUUGGAAGCCUCACUUGACCCCCCAUCAGCACAAUAGAGCCUUCAGGAACUCACAGUAUGGUUGCACUUCGGAUUACAACAAUCACAGCUUUAUGACAAUAGACUCUCCAUCGAAAUUAUCAACAAAAACUGUGAACCUGGUCCCAAGUGUAACUUCUGGUGAUGUUUUAUCAUUAAGCGCCAGAAAGUUUCCAGCUGGAAAAGGCAAAGAAAGUUCAAGGACUGCUGAGAACAGCCCCCAUGCAUCUUCUGCAUCUUAUAGACCAGGAACUAGUGCAAGAAGAGGUCCAUUCACACCCACUCGAAGUGAAUGCUCCCGGGGUUUCUUUGGUGGAUACCCAGGUUACCCUAAUUAUAUGGCUAACACAGAAUCAUCGCGGGCUAAGGUUCGGUCACAGAGUGCCCCAAGGCAGCGGCUUGGAUUUGAGAGAUGUGAUUCAACCAGGAGGUCAGUUCAGGGUUUUUGGGAAGGGGGAUCCAAUUCAGAGAGAGGUUUUCCUCAAAAACCUGACUUCAGGAAUGAAAAUUAUCCAUCAACUGAUCACUUGAAUAGACUUAGGAAUGCAUAUCUUCGAUGAUGAUUUGUCACUGUAUGUUCUCAAUUUCAGUUUCAUUUUUAUGUUCUUCUUUUCCAUCGCUUGCAGAGUGCACGUGUCUAGCAGCUUGCUACUGUUGUACUUGUGUGUUAGUCCUCAUACCACUGAACUUAAUGUUAUCAAUGUCGCAAAUAGAAAUAGUUUUCUCAAA